GAUGCGUCCGCCGUAUAAAUAAUUAUAAAAACAGGGAAGUGCCGCAGAAAUUGUUCGGAGAAACCCAAGUUCUCCUCCCUGCCCAAAUGGACCUUUUCAAGCAGAUCCUGCCCGAAGUGCGGGAGGUUUUAUUAACUGCUUCGGCCCCGCAGCUCCAAACCUUCCUGGACUCCAUGCUGAGCGAAGGGAUCCUCUCCCGGGAAUAUUAUCAGACUUUGCUGGAUGAAAAAGACACCGAUGACCUGGCAAGGAAGCUCGCUCUGACCCUGCUUGGGAAACGGGCCGGGCCUUCGGAUCCCCACAGCCGCCUCCCCCCCUUGCAGCUUUCCGGCAAUGCUAGAGGACCUGCUAAGAACGGAGCGGUCUCACUGAGGACUAGAAACUGGACCGCCGCUCCCGCCCCAGAUGAGGUGAGCCCUGGAGGGAUCCCACCGGAGACCCCCUGCCUGCAGAGCGAGGCCCACCCGGCGUCGAUGGAUGAGAUGGAGGAGGCCCCUGCAGUCCAAGUGUCCGAGGCGGCCAGUGACGACCAGGACAACCCGGAGGUCUUCUACACCGUGGAGAGGGACGAAAGCGGAGAAGUCCUCUCCCUCUGCGCCGACAUGGGGGAGGCCUACGACAAAAUCGGAAUCCUCUCCAGGGCAGUUGGACUUUAUGUCCCAAAUUUUGUGAAGGUCAAAGGCGAGGGAAAUGUUGGUGCGUCUCCGCGCAUAGGUGGGUGCAUCAAAAGAUGCAUGAAUGAAGGUAUGAUCAGCCUCUUGCAGCUUGCUAAAAGGUUUGGAGGAAUAAUGUGA